AUGACGAAGGAAAGGUGUCACAGAGACUUUGCUUCCAAAGUCUCCAGAGGUCAGCUACCCCUGCUCAUCAAGUAUGCCUUGAGCAUGCUGUCACAGUUUGACAUUACUGAGUCCAUUCGUAUAACAGGCAUCAUAACAGUUAAUCCAUCAGUCAGCAAAACAUUCAAGCAGUCAUUUAAUGAUGGGCCAAGAAACUCCUCUGCAAAUGAAAGUCUGGUUGAACUUUUGGAAUUAUUCCAGCUGGGCUUGCUGACAUCCUUGUACCAGUACCAGGUACCUCAGAUCAUUGAUGCAUACAUGGCAUUGUUGCUAAAAGGUCGAGAUGAACUAUUAUACAUUGACUCUGUCAAUGGAAGGGACAUUUUUGAAGGCAGACCUGAAAAGGCAUUAAAUGUGUUGAAGUGUAAAAUCUUCAGGUACAAGUGCUGCCUUGCAACCAUAAAUGAAGGUUACCACUGGGUCUUGAUGAUAAUUUUGCCAAAAGAGAAGGAACUUAUUUACAUAAAUUCAAUCGAAGAGCUGAAAGAAAAGCAAGAACGAUACUUACAUUUUUGGAAUCAGUUCCUUCAAAUGCGUCAUGCUAAUGGCACAGACAUUGAGCCACCUUCAGGCUGGCGUAUAACAACCAAAGAGCAUACAACGCAGGUUGACAACACAUCUUGUGGAGUGUUUACUUUAAUGUUUGCAGAAAAUUACAUCAGUGGAAAGAAAUUGUUUCUUCCAAGUGAAAAUCUCAAGCUUUUCCGACAACAGAAAGGGAAAAAAAUAAUCAAGUGUGCAGAGGUGCAUCCAUCCAUGUUGAAAAGCCAUGCAAGUGUGCAUGAUGCUUCUUAA